CGUCAGUGGCACGGGAGAAAUCGGCCUCCGUGCAGAAAGGACCGGUGGCUGGUCUCAACAGCCAUGGCGGAAUGGGGCGGCGCGGCGGGCGGCGGACCCCCGAUGACGCUGGAGCAGCUGCUGUCGAUGGUGGAGAACAUGCCGAUGGAGGAGUCGGAACGCGAGGCGCUGCGCGAGAGCCUGGCGCGCCAGUACGAGGCCAGCCAGCGCCUGGCGGCCGCCGCCGCCGCUGGCGCCAGCACGCUGGCGUCCGGCCCGCCGCAGGCGCACGACCUGGUGCUCACCGCGCUCGCCGUCACCGUCGCCUUCAUACUGCUGUUCCUCGGCUACAGAAUUUACAAGUCACAGAGAGAGACAAGCGAGAACUCAGCGACCAAGCGGACACAACCGGAUGAAACGAACAAGAAAAGGAGAUAAAUGUUCAAUUCUGAAAGAUAAAUUAAAGUAAGCAUAUUUUGGAAAAUUCGGUUUGCUAGUUUUGGGACACAAAGCGAAGUAGUGACUUCUGCAAGAGAAGAAAGGGGCGAUUAGCGUACAGUGACAAAUGGAGAGUCAAGCAAUGUUCGCUAGGGUAUUUUUAAUACAUACAUUUUUUAUUUCCUUGCAAUUCUAUAAUAAUUUUUGUUCUUAUGUACCACACUGUACAUUACUAUGCAUUGCUCGUAGUAAAUUACUGUCAGCUUACCGUUCCAGCUUUGCUGUAUACGCUUGCGUUUAUUUUAUUUUGCCUUGUAAGUUUAUUACAUGAAAGUGACUAAUGCCCUGUCGAAAUAAAAAAAUGGUUGAGGAAA